AUGUCUGUACAACUCAAUCCAUUACCACCGUUCGACCCGAAUGCAGAACUUGGAGCGAGUGUUGCUGCCAGAUGGAAACUUUGGCUACGUGAUUUUGAUACUUUUCUUGUGGCUAGCGGAAUUCGAGACGCUAAGCGCCAGAAAGCUUUGUUACUUUACCAAGCUGGACCCAAAGUUCGAGAAAUUUUUAACCAGUUGAGUGAUGUCAACGGAGAAGGGGAUGAAGACAACUUUGCGACAACAAAAGCCAAGCUCAUUGAGUACUUCGAGCCUCAGAAAAAUCGACGGUAUGAAGUUUAUCGUUUUCGUGAAACUCGUCAGGGAGAUCAAGAAUCGCUCGAUACUUUUCAUACACGACUCAGGCAGAUAUCCAGUACAUGCGAAUUCGAAGAUGUAGACUUUGAAAUCGAGGAACAAAUAAUUAUAGGGGGUCGAUCUUCCCGUAUAAGACGCCGAGCUUUGCGUGACCCUACGUAUACCCUUAAAGACAUGCUAAUCGAUGGAAGACGGGAUGAAACCAGUUCGUAUCAAGCCCGAGAUAUAGAAACCACCCACGUACACACAGAAACAACGAACCGUUUGCAAUCGAAGUCUGAUAACAAGACUUGCAACAAUUGUGGAGGAGAAUGGCCGCACAAAAAUCAAUGCCCCGCACAAGGGAAAACAUGUCGCAAGUGCAACAAACCGAACCACUUUCAAUCAGUUUGUAGGAGCUCAAAAUUCUCGAAGCAGAAACAAAGACGUCCUGCACAUUCUCGCAAAUCACAUGCAGCGGUGAGACCUUUGCAGCAUGAGGAUAAUUCUAGUGACGAGGAAUACCUGUAUACGGUCUCGAAUGGCAACGACAAAUUAUCAAAACGCAGCCCUGUGGUUAAUGUUGUGGUCGAGGGUCACAAGUUCAACAUGAUAUUGGACACCGGAUCCACAAUCAACGUUAUCGAUAGAAAUACUUUCGAAAAGAUGCACGGAGUCAAGUUACAACAAACCAAAAUAAAAGCUUUUCCAUUCAACUCUUCGAAACCAGUUUGUUUUAUAGGAAAAUUUGAAUCGAUGAUCACAACAAAAUCUCGCUAUGGAGUUGCAACAUUUUAUGUCCUAAAAGAUCGUAAUGCUGGUUGUUUACUUUCAGCCAAUACAGCACAAGAACUUGGAGUCAUAACGCUGAAAUUGAAAAAACUUUCAGUUUCAGCAACCCCUACAAAACAUAUUGAUCCGCAAAUUGAUGCCAUUAUUCAACGUUUCAACAAAGUCUUUGAAGGAACUGGUAGACUGAAGGGGUACUCGGUGAAGCUAAACAUCGACGAAAAGGCAAUACCACGUGCACAACCGCAAAGGAGAAUUCCUUUUCAUUUGAGAAAGAAAGUUAAAGAAGCUGUCACCCAGCUGGAAAAAGAGGGGAUCAUUGAAGCUGUACCAGAAAACGCGCCUUCGCAGUGGGUAUCUCCAAUCGUCGUAGUACCGAAAAAGGAUGGAUCUGUUCGUCUUUGCGUAGAUAUGCGUGUGCCAAAUACUGCAAUAAAACGUGUACGUUAUCCGAUCCCUACAUUGAAUGAUAUCAGCAUUCAACUCAAUGGUGCCAAAUAUUUCAGUAAAUUGGAUCUAAACCAAGCUUACCACCAGCUACCAUUACACAUAGACAGUCGUUUUAUCACUACCUUCAGCACACACGUAGGACUUUAUCGAUACACUUGUCUCAAUUAUGGGACAAAUGCUGCUAUGGAAAUUUUCCAGCAUGUUUUACAAGAAACUUUACAAGGUAUAAAUGGAGUGCUGAACAUCGCAGAUGACAUCGUAGUUUUUGGCAAAACUCGCAAGGAACACGAUUUAGCGUUGCAAAAUUGUUUGCAACGUCUGCAUUCAAAAUGCCUUACGCUAAAUCUCAAGAAAUGUAACUUUCUACAGAAAUCAAUUCAGUUUUAUGGGCAAAUUUUCACAGAACAUGGUACGCAGCCAGAUCCAGCACGCAUAAGCGAUCUUCAGAAUGCACCAAUACCUACCAGCAUCAAAGAGGUACGAAGCCUGCUCGGAAUGGCAAACUAUAGUGCUAAGUACAUCCAAGAUUUUGCGACGCUCACUGCACCACUUCGAGAGUUGACAAAAAAGAAUACACCAUUCGUAUGGCAAGCAGUUCAACAGAAAGCAUUUGAAAACAUAAAAUUGGCUCUGUCUGAAGCUCCCGUUAUGUCGUAUUUCGAUACCAAUAAAGAAACUUUCGUUACGGUGGACGCAAGUCCCGUAGGUGUAUCUGCAAUUUUGAGUCAAGCAACCAAGAACAGUGAUGAUUACAAGGUUGUUGCUUACGCCAGUCGUGGACUGUCCAAUACUGAGAAACGAUACUCGCAAACGGAAAAAGAGGCUCUAGCCAUCGUUUGGGCCGUAGAACAUUUUCAUUUGUUCCUAUAUGGCAACGAAUUUACUUUGAUUACAGAUCACAAACCUUUGGAAACCAUUUACGGCAGUUCAACCUCUAAGCCGUCCGCGAGGAUUGAGCGAUGGGUUUUGCGACUACAACCUUAUUCGUUUAAAGUGCAGUACAAGGCAGGAAGCGAGAACUCUGCUGAUUAUCUAUCCAGACACCCCUCCAGUCAACAAUCGCGAAAACAAGAAAGAAUUGCGGAGGAGUACGUAAACAUGAUUACGAGUCACUCUGUGCCUAAAGCUAUGUCGCUAGACGAAAUAGCGAGUGCUACCAACACUGACAAGACAUUGCAAGCAUUGCGAGCCGCUAUACGAACAAAUAGAUGGCAAGCAUCUGAUCGUUUAAAGCCUUAUUGUGCAAUCAACGAUGAGCUCACUGUUGGUGCGAAGGGAAUUGUUUUGAGAGGAACACGUUUAGUUAUACCAGAGUCACUUCAGCAACGAGCUAUAGAUAUUGCCCAUGAAGCUCACCAAGGUCUUUCCAAAACAAAAAGUCUAUUACGAGAAAAAGUAUGGUUCCCAGGUAUGGACAACCUAGUUCAGCAUACCCUAGAUUCGUGCCUGACUUGUCAAAUUGUCGGCAAACCAUCGCCACCAGAACCUCUGCAACAAACUGAUUUUCCUAAAGGACCAUGGGAAACUGUUCAUAUCGAUUUCUGUGGACCGCUUCCUUCAGGAGAUCAUCUUUUAGUCGUCAUUGAUCGUUAUUCGCGAUUUCCGGAAACCGAAAUUGUGCGAUCCACGAAAGCAUCAACUGUCAUUCCGAAGCUGGACAAAAUAUUUUCGGUACACGGCAUACCACGUGAAUUAAAGACAGAUAACGGUCCACCAUUCUCGAGUGAAGAGUUUGCACGAUAUGUAAAUAUCCUCGGUAUAAACCAUAAACCUGUCACACCUUACUGGCCGCAGGCAAAUGGAGAAGUCGAACGCUUUAAUCAGCCUCUCAUCAAAGCCGUACAAAGCGCAGUGGCAGAUGGUAAGGUAUGGCAACAAGAACUGAACCGUUUCUUGUUCCAGUAUCGUAAUACACCUCACAGCACAACGAAAAUUGCGCCAUCAGAGUUGUUAUUCAACAGGAAAGUACAAGGAAAAUUCCCUACUUUAGAGAAGCAUCGCGUAAUAAAUCGACACAAAGAAGCUAGAAUAAACGAGGAACGCAGUCGAUCAUACCAAGAAACAUAUGCAAACAAACGCAGAAAAGCAAGGAAGAGCAACCUUCAAGUUGGAGAUACUGUUCUUGUCCGCCAACAAAAAAGGGACAAACUAACGACACGAUUCAGCAAAACGCAAUACAAAGUCGUAAACCGUAAAGGUACGCAGAUAACUGCAGAAGACAGUAAUCAUCGUCGUGUAACUCGCAACGUAUCAUUUUUUAAAAAAUUACGCGCUCAGAUGUCGGAUUCCGAAGAUGCCAAUCAAUCAAAUCGAGCCACAUACGCUUGUGAACAAGAGGUUCCUAGACCUGCUGAAAGACUAGUUAGAAAACGUUAUGCACCAGUACGAUAUGAUGAGAAAGGCAGUCCCCAGAAAUACAGCGAGCUUAAGGAACAACUAACCGCGGUUUUCGAUUCAGAAACCGAUCGCGAAGCUCACAUGACUGCAUUCGAACGCUGCAUUCAAAAGAUCGAUGAAAGUGAAGAAGAAUUCAUGACCCACCUUUUACAGUUAUUCAGAGCCGCCAAUCCAAAAGCCAAAACUGACAUUAUAAACCAUGCGGUGAAACGCAAGUUUUUACAAGGGAUUUCUGAUACACUUCGCAGAAAUAUAUUCAUCUUUUGCACCAACCCGUAUGAUGACAAAAUUACCCACCAAGAUUUGCUCAAGGCUUGCCGCGAUGCAUCAGUUCAUCUUUCCUUACCAUCUGCGACAAUCAACGGUGCUAUUGUCACUGGACCUUCUGAUGCUGUUUUAACUGCUGCAAAUCCAUCUGAUACAACACUGGACGCCAUUCUUGCCUUGUCCACCAAAUUUGAGCAACAAAGUCAACUCACAAUGCGGAAGCUUGAUGAACAACAAGACCAAAUCAAUGCACUCAACCGUCAACUUCCGUUUAGGCCCUCACAGCAACUUCAACAUCAGCAUGGUGCCCCUGUUUUUUCUGCCCCGCAGAGCAACCGUCGGCAAUCACGCAAUGGUUUUCAACGCAAUUUUGGCAGGGAUUUUCAGCCUCGAAACGCAAGGCCAGACGGACGGCAACCUAUUCAGUGCUAUUUUUGCCACGGCUUAAAUCAUAUCCAACGUGAUUGCCUAGCUUACAAGCAGCGAGCUAAUCUUCCUCAACAGUCGGGAAACUUUUGGGGCCCCCAGUAA